AUGAGUUUCUUCUCAUUUAAUGACAUCCCCAGGAUUAAGACGCGUAAGGCGCUCUUGUUGCUCGACUUUCAGAAUGACUUCGUUCGCCCGUCCGGAGCGCUUCACAUCCCUAAUACUGCAGAGAUCCUGGAGACCCUGCCCCCACUCGCGGCAGCAUUCCGUAAAGUCGGUGAUGUGAUUUGGGUUCGUUCACAAUAUGAGGCCCCCCAGUCGAUCUCCGACUGGAAUUUCGGCGAUCGCAUCGUCUUGGCAAAGGAAGCGCCCAAGAAACAUACCAUGCCCCAGACGGACGUGAUUGAAGUCGCAUCAGAUCGCGAUUCUCCAGAGCCCGUCGAUAUUGAGGCUUUCCUGUCUCCUCAGUCACCUAUCUGCUGUGCCGCGCAAACUGCUGGUUUUCAGUUCCCCGCACCCGUUCUUGCCGCCAUCAAUCCGGAGCACGACACAGUAUUGGAUAAGACUGGGUACUCCGCACUGGAGUCGAACGACCUCGUGCUCUCAUUCCGGACUCGAUUUGUGACGGAGGUAUACCUCUGUGGUUCUUUGUCGAAUGUCUCAGUCUACGCCACUGCGUUAGAUGCCGUACGGAAUGGCUUUUCGGUCACUUUAAUCGAAGAUUGCCUCGGAUACCGCCAGUUUGGGCGCCAUUGUGAAGCAAUGCGCCGCAUGGCAGACAUCCUUGGUGCAACUGGGUUGACUGCCGAGGAGUUAUACCAGGAGUUGGAUUGGGAGGAGACUCACGCUAUUGCUCAGGGUGCACCACAGCCCAAACGGCCUGCUGGUGCGUCGCUAGGUCUUGAGAAUGUCAUGGACACUUGGGGGUUGGAAGCGGAUGAACCCGACGAUACAAACGAAAAAGGCCCAGAAGAGGCACUUGAUAUAACAGCGAUUGCUUCUCUUAGUCGACUGCACCGAAACGCUGCGGGGGCUGGGCGGUCUCCCGUCGAGGGAAAGAAGCAAGUCCGCGCGCGAGUGCGCCGACCCAAGCGCCGCCCAGCUCCAGAUGCUGCAGAAGAAACAGGCGAUGGCCCAUCAAAUCCACCCGCAGAGAAAAUACGGAAGCCGGAUGAACCUGUUAUUGGCGAAGGUGAUUCGCGUCUUGUCAAAGAACUUGAUAUCCCAAGAGAUGCCUUCGAGCGCAUCCGAAAUGAGGUAUCUUGGCAGAAAAUGUACCAUCUCUCCGGCCAGGUACCACGACUGGUCGCAGUCCAGGGCCAGAUCGAGCCGAAUGAGGCCAUUCCAAUUUAUCGACACCCCGCCGACGAGUCUCCACCCCUGAAGUCAUUCACAUCCACUGUUGAUGAAGUUCGCAUCGUUGUUGAGAAGAUAUUGGGCCACCCACUGAAUCAUUGUUUGAUCCAACUCUAUCGAGAUGGACAGGAUAACAUCUCAGAGCACUCUGAUAAGACGCUGGAUAUCGUUCGAGGCUCUUCCAUUUGCAAUGUGAGCUUAGGGGCCCAGCGAGUCAUGGUUCUUCGCACCAAAACUUCCUCGGAGCGCAAGAGUGAAACAGAAUCAGGCCGAACGACACAGAAAGUACCACUUCCACAUCAAUCACUUUUUAUCCUCGGCCAGAAAACCAACAUGCGCUGGCUGCAUGGUAUCCGGCCAGAUAAACGCCAAGAGAACACCAAGGCCCCGGAAGAACAAGCAUAUGGUGGUGAGCGAAUCUCACUGACCUUUCGACACAUCGGAACAUACCUCCACCCAACCACCGAUUUGAUCUGGGGCCAAGGUGCGGUGGGGAAGUCUCGGGACACAGCUCGCCCCGCUGUCCACGGGAACCCUGAAGAGACGGAACAAAUGAUUCGUGCAUUUGGCCAGGAGAAUCGCUUGUCCGAGUUUAGCUGGGAUACCGUCUAUGGCGGUGGCUUUGAUGUGGUUAAUUUUGUGACUGCAUCGUCGACGCAAUUGAUAAUGAGUGGAGACCCGGUGGCAGACCUGAGGGUGCGCCUUGGCCUGGGAGAAAAUGGUAUUCGAUACGAGAUAUCAGACAAGCCAGAUAUGGAAAUGAAUGGCAAUGAAACCAAACGACCCGUGUAUGUUGAUCCUCAGGGAACGACUGUUACCGGCGAUCUUGCCAUCUUGAGACAUCUGAGUUCUCGACCCGCCGAAAGUUCACGACCUGGAGUCGAUAUCCUAAGAGGUGGAAGCCAUCUCUCCUGGAUAGAAGACUUGCAGCUAGAAUGGCGCGAGCAUUAUGCAAGCAAGCCCAUGGAAGGGUUUAAUGGUAGCUUGCGACAAUGGGAGCGUGCCCUAGAGGGACAGCAUUACUUGGGAGGUGCAGUCUUUGGCAUUGACGAUUGUGCCCUUUGGCCGGUCUUAUGGGAGAUAGUACAGACCCAAGGGUCCCUUGAUGCUCGGUUUGCCAAUCUGACCCAGUACUAUCAUCGAGUUGACAAACGGGGUAUCUUGCGAGGCAUCCUGGAGUCCCGAUGA